CAUGUUCACACAAUCCUUGAGAUCAUUCAGAUCAAAUUACUACUAAGAAAGAGGUAUUUGGAUUCUACAUCAUUUAAGUAUUCUCUAUUCCUCCUAUUCCGGAGGGGAUUAAUCUGGAUUUAGAGAGACUAGGUACUUGGACAACGUACCCCGCCCGCUCUGCCAACGGCUGUUAGACGAGAGUCAUCCUCUCUUGAUGGAUAAUUGCAUAGCGCGAUCAAGACCCCAUUUCUUCCUGGAUAAAUGGCAAGCUGAGAAUAUGGAUCUUUGGAGACUCUUCGCUCCGCAACUGCCGAGACGUGCUCCGUAGUUAUUCCCCGCCAAAUUCCUGGAACCAUCCAGAAAACUAGAGAUAUAUAAGGGCGACGAGGCACCCCCACAAGCUGAUAUUCAUGAUAUCUCCAUGAAUUCUAGGCAUUGGUCCAGUUUUGGCAUCAGAAUUGCUAUUUCCUACCGAGGAUUUCGCCCCUAUUCCUCAAUAUCUGGAUAUAAAACAACUAUGGCCACCACAUCAAUUCCCACUAUCCGGUUGAAUGAUGGGGUUUCUAUCCCCGUGCUCGGUUAUGGAACCGGCACCGUCUGGUAUAAAUCGGCAGACAGCAACAUCAACCGUGAAUUGGUUGAAUCCAUCAAAACAGCCAUUAAGUUAGGAUACCAUCACCUGGAUGGCGCUGAGGUGUACGGCACAGAGCCGGAACUUGGCGUCGCAAUCAAGGAAAGUGGUGUCCCAAGAGAGAAACUGUUUAUCACGACCAAAGUUCUCGUUAAUAUUGCGGAUAUUCCCAAGGCGAUUGACACAAGUCUGAAGAAGCUCCAGCUGGAUUAUGUUGAUUUGUACCUGAUCCACUCUCCUUUCUUCGCCAAAUCCCCAACAGAGCUUCACGAUGCUUGGGCUGCUAUGGAAAAGGUUAAGGAAGCGGGCAAGGCCCGAUCGAUUGGAGUAUCGAACUUCUUGCCAAAACAUUUGGAAACACUUUCGCAAAAUGCAAACAUCACGCCAUCGAUUAACCAGAUCGAGUACCACCCUUACCUGCAGCACGGUCCUCUGGUACUGUUCCACGAGCAAAAGGGAAUCAAAACAGCCAGCUAUGGCCCUCUCACGCCUGUCAUUCGCGCCCUAGGAGGUCCACUCGACCCCGUGCUUUCGAAGCUGGCCCAAAAGUAUGGUGUGGGAGAGGGAGAAAUCCUUCUGCGAUGGUCGUUAGAUCGUGGAACGGUCUCUAUCACCACCAGCGGCAAAGAAUCUCGCCUCAGUAGCUACCUGACCGUCCUGAAUUUCCAGCUAACCCCGGAAGAGGUAGAUGAGAUCUCCAGGGUGGGCGACAAGAAGCAUUUCAGAGCAUUCUGGAAGGAUAAAUUCGCGGCAGAUGACCGGUCGUAGGAUGAGAAAUAACGAACAAGAGUACCACAGCGACAAAUUUUCAUAUAUUAGUUGUACGACGGUAGAAAUAGUCUGACUAGAUUUGAUGAGUAGUAAAGACAUGCUCAGAUACAUACUCGACUGAUUCCACUUGAUUUCAUGGUUGUGGUAGUAGACAUUGAGAGGACGAGUUCGUUAAUGCAGGUACCGCCAGUUGACUGCAUGGAAGGAAAUAAUUAUCAUAUCAUCGUAUUCAAGAACCGAUGACUGGCUCGACCUGUGAGAGGAUACGAAACAAAAGAGUCGGACGACAGGUGUAUUGUCCAUAUG